AUGCAAAUUAAGAUUAUAUUAGAAGACCGGGAAGAGAUAUCUAGUUGGAUAAAGAGAAAAUUGACAGAAAAUGAAGGUACGGUUAAGAACGUCGAGGAUCCAGACUAUAGUUUUACGAAGAAGGACUUUCUCCGACUGAUAUCCUCUAUAUGGCAAGCGGAUCGUCGCAUUUUCAUGCCCGGGUUGCUUAAGGCUAUCAUGACGUUAGCGCUCCAAUUAUACCUCUUCACCGGAGUAAGAAUUGGAGCAUUCAUACAGGCCUAUGAGGAUAGAGACGAGAGAGGCCUAAGAUAUAAGGUAGGAAACUACGAUCUUGGGGUUGUGUAUGGCUAA